AUGUCUCUCGCUACCGCACUCGACGUGGAUGUGGCCGCGCUCACGAACAGUAACAGCACCAACAAUGCUCCUAGUGGCUCCGAUGCUGCCCUAAAUGGCCGGGGAAACGCUUCAAAGUCCUCGAGUGUCGUGUUGGAAUCAGCGCGCGACGGUCGGGAAGGUGUUGAUGAAGAUGAAGCUGCAUUGUAUGAUAGGCAAAUCAGGCUGUGGGGUCUCGAAGCGCAAAAUCGUAUGCGUCGGUCUCAUAUCUUUGUUGUCAAUCUGCACGGCGUGGCCACCGAAGCUAUCAAGAAUGUCGUCUUGGCCGGGGUCGGACAAGUGACGAUUCUCGAUGAAGGCCUAGUCACGCCCGCAGACUUGAGCGCGGGGUUCUUGCUGAGGGAGGACGAGAUUGGCGUGAAUAGAGCGACGGCUGCUUUGCCCCGCAUACAAGCCCUCAACCCCCUCGUCAAGCUGGAGACGACAUCAGACUUCUCCAUUCUGCGAGCUAGCAAAGAUAGCGUCUCGAAACACCCGCUGCUCCAGAUGGGCGUGAACUCUCUAGUCGUCACUCUGUCUUCCACAAAUUCGACAUCAAGCUGGACGCAAGAAAGGCUGAUCGAGUUGAACAACCUGGCCCGAACAUUAGGCUUGCCGUUUCACUUGUGCUCAUCGCAAGGCUUUGGCGGCUUCUAUUUCUCCGAUCUCGGGCCUCGCCACGAGUACAUUGUAACCCGUCCCGCAGCUGCGGGAAGCACUGCAGCACCAAGUGCACAAGCAGCCUCCGCAGCUUCGACGUCGACGCCACAGGCCGCAGAGCCACCGCCCGACGAGCGGAACAAGGCUUCACAGCCUUCUCAGCAAACAUCCGAGAAGACGCAACAGAAGAGGAUACAAGAAUUUGUGACUCUGGAGCAAGCCCUCGCCAGUGAUUGGAAGGGUAAAAAGAGGGUCAGAAUAUCUCCCGGAGUUUGGGCUACGUGGGCACUUUGGAGGUAUACAUCGAAACAGCUUGCUAGCGGGCAAAGAACAGUGCCGGCGAGGGUGGAAGAUUUCACGAGCGAGAUCGAUGAAUUGCUGGAAGCUAAGGGAGUCUCUCAACGAUCAGCUUUCGAGCAGCAAGGUGUAGACAAGAACGCCUUCAUUAGCACUUUCUUGGCAGCGCAUGACCCAGCCAAUGCGGGCGAGCUGAGUCCGGUUUGUGCCAUACUCGGUGGCGUGUUGGCUCAAGAUUUGCUGAAUGCUCUGGGUGGGAGGGAAGAGCCCGUGUGCAACUGGUUGCAAUUGGAAGGACUUGCAGGCAAAGGCCCGGUCCACAAUAUUGGUGCGCGGCCGAGUCAAGUCUUGCUUGAGACUCGGACGAAUGCGUGA